AUGCCGCUCAACUAUGCUAAGUGGGAUUCUGUGGAGAUGUCCAAUGACUCAGACUUGGAAUGCCCUCCGUCGAUCGAUGAAGAGAAAAAUGCUCCCGCCAAGCAUUGUCAGACUCAUCAACAACAUGAAUGCAGAAAAGCCGAGGACGAAGCCUUCAAAUGGACGGGAAAGCUGAACGGUAUCGACAUCAAACAGCUCCAACAGCUCCUCACCAACAUCGACAAGAAAGGUGUGAUCCACUUACGAGAGGCGGCCGCUAAGCUAUUGGCUCAGGGUCAUGGCAAAUCAUCUUUGCGCAAAGAUUCGACCAGUACUGCCCUCUUCAGGUAUAUCGAUGACACCCUCCACAGGAUCAAGGACCUUCGUCCAGCCGAUCAGCGCAAAUCUGCUGUCGAACAACUACAGUACCAUCUAGCUGAACUCGUCGAUUGCGAAAGACAACGCAAAAUUGAAUUGGAAAAACAAGAGACCGUCGCCCGCGAGCAGCCUCCCUGUGGCCAUGCUCAUGAGGAAUUUGAUGUUUCUCGAUGUUCCAAGUCUGGAGCUCCAUUCACUGCCCCCACCAGUCAGCUCAACUCAACCGAGAAAGACAAGUCGACGGGGAAAGACAAGCCAAACAAGAAAGACGAGCCCACCAAGAAAGAUGGCAAGUCAACAGCAAAAAGCAAGUUGAUGGAGACCACCGAGAAGGAAAAGUCGACUGAGAAAGUCAAGACAACCUGUUCCAAGCGCCCCAAACCUCCGUCGCCCAUCAAUCCUUCAACUUCACCAGAGUCUCCAGCAACACCGUUCAAUAGAAAUCGUAACGAAGUCAAGCGACGUAGAGUAGCUCCCUUGCCAGCCACCAAACCUGAUGAAACCGGACAAUACGAAUCCUCAAGCUGCCAUCAAUGCCGUGUCAAGACCACUCGACCGAAAAUGAUUUGCGAUCAAUCUCAGAAUCCUAGCUGUGUUGUCCGAGUUUGCUACACCUGUCUGAUGAGGCCUGUUUACAACAACAUACCCGAACUUCGACCCCCACUCCUGGAGUUUAUACCCGGUGGAAAAAUGCUGUGUGUGAAGUGUAGAGGUGUCUGUCCUUGUGCUUCCUGCCGGCGAAUCCGAUUUGAAAUUGAAAAACCCCAAAGAGGCUUUGGUUCUAGUGUCAAACGAUUUUAUGAUCCAAUCCCCACGAUCCACAACUCACAACCGUCCAAACUUUCCACUACAACCCUUCCGCGUAAAUCAAAUCGACCCAUGCAAUCUGAAUCGAACCCUCCCCCCGCAACCUCUGUUCACAGAUCAAAUCGACCCAUCCAAUCCACACAAUCCUCGAGCUCUAUCACAAAUCUCCCCGAGCUGGUAGACCCGUUGGCCUCCCAAACUCUUGUGUGUAAUACUUGUCCAGGUGAAACCCAUGAUCCUCUUGAGUGCAUACUUAACAUCCAGCAGAGAUGCCUGAUGCUAUCUCAAGAGUCGGGGCUUCAACUGAGUACAAGUACUGCACUUGAGAUAAAGGAUGAUCCAAUGGGUGUCCCUGCUCCUCAACCACUCAGCAACCGACAACAACGAUUCCGAGCCCACAAGGCUGAGAAGCAGCGGCAAAAACGUCUAGCAUCCAAUGUGACAUAUGCUGGCCAACCUUACAUCACAGCACAUGUAUGUCGAAAGGCGGAUCCCACCACCCCGAUUCGGCUGUUUCGGAAAAGUUUUGUUGCUUGGACCAAUAACAGUCGAAAAAAAAUUGCGGCUGUAGUGAAAUUUCACCCGUUCAACACUAUGGAGGACUCUCUCAAAGCGCAAUUUCAAUACUUAAGUCAGCAUCUCAUACAGCAAUCGAAGUUCCAGAACCCAAAUAAAAUCAAUUCCGCUGCUUAUGCUGGAAGCAUGUAUAGUCUUGGCUGGCGAAAGGCUUUUGAAGCGGAAACCACAAUUGGUGUUCCAGGUAUUUCGGAAAAAGUAUCCUUCGAUCGAAUUGGAUAUGAAGACCUCCAAACGAAUGUUCCAACAAUCAAUGAAUUCAUUGGCAAACGAUUUCAAUUACUCUCUGAACCUCUCUACAACGAAGUGAAAGAGCACUUUCAACCUCUGGAAGCUCCUGGUCUGGCUCCUCACUUUUUCACCGACCCCGAUGGAUUCACUUGCCAUCUUUCCUACACAUUCAGACAAUUCGCAAACACUCCUCACAAAGAUGAUGACGCUUCCCCGUACUCAUUUGCCAUGUGGCUUCCCAUUGAUCAAAACUCUGGCGACUUGAUUGAAGAAGAUCUGAAUGAUUCCAAGGUGUGGUCGAAUGCGCAUGGAAAGCCAACUCUUUCUGUCAUCUAA